AAAACCACAAAAGAAGAAGGAGCCCUACGUCAUUGGCCAGAGGUUGUCUAAGAGCCAAGAUGGCGGCCACAAUGUUGAGGUCGCUUUCCAAACUAGGACGUCCUUCAACAAAACUAAUAUUAAACAAUAACCUGCUGAGCCCUGGCUGCACGCUCCUGCAGAACAGGCAGAAACAAUGGCAGCCAGAUGUGGAGUGGAUGGAGCAGUAUGCCGGGGUGGUGAUGUACCCCACCGCUAUCAAUGAGAAAUGGACACUACCCCCGUGGAAUGACAAAGAUCCUCCCGCAGAGAAGGAUGUGGCCAACCUCACAAUUAACUUCGGCCCCCAGCACCCUGCGGCUCACGGCGUGCUGCGCCUGGUGAUGGAGCUCAGUGGAGAGUCCGUCAAGAAAUGUGACCCGCACAUCGGCCUCCUGCACCGCGGCACGGAGAAGCUCAUCGAGUACAAGACCUACCUGCAGGCUCUCCCCUACUUUGACCGUCUGGACUACGUGUCCAUGAUGUGUAACGAGCAGGCCUACUCUCUGGCCGUGGAGAAGUUGCUCAACAUCCAAGCUCCUCCCCGGGCUCAGUGGAUUAGAGUGCUGUAUGGGGAGUUGACUCGCAUCCUGAAUCACAUCAUGGCCGUCACCACGCACGCCCUGGACAUCGGGGCCAUGACUCCUUUCUUCUGGAUGUUUGAGGAGCGAGAGAAGAUGUUUGAGUUUUACGAGCGAGUGUCUGGAGCCAGGAUGCACGCUGCGUACGUCAGGCCUGGCGGUGUUCAUCAGGAUUUGCCUCUUGGUCUGAUGGAUGACAUCUAUGAGUGGUGCAAGAACUUCUCCAUUCGAAUUGAUGAAGUAGAAGAGAUGCUGACAAACAAUCGUAUCUGGAUUAAUCGUACCUUGGACAUCGGGGUGGUUACUGCAGAGGAGGCCCUCAACUAUGGUUUCAGUGGGGUGAUGCUGCGAGGGUCAGGAAUCAAGUGGGACCUGAGGAAGUCUCAGCCGUACGACAAGUACGACGAGGUGGACUUUGACAUUCCCAUCGGGAGCAAGGGAGACUGUUACGACAGGUACCUGUGCAGAGUGGAGGAGAUGAGACAGUCUCUGAGGAUCAUGCACCAGGCGCUCAACAAGAUGCCAGAGGGAGAGAUUAAGGUGGAUGAUGCCAAAGUGGCUCCACCCAAGAGGUCUGAGAUGAAGACGUCCAUGGAGUCUCUGAUCCACCACUUUAAACUGUACACAGAGGGCUACCAGGUCCCACCAGGGGCCACGUACACCGCUGUGGAGGCCCCCAAGGGCGAGUUCGGCGUCUAUCUGGUGUCGGACGGCUCCAGCCGACCCUAUCGCUGCAAGAUCAAAGCUCCGGGAUUCGCUCACUUGGCCGGUCUGGACAAAAUGUCCAAAGGACACAUGUUGGCUGAUGUGGUGGCCAUUAUUGGUACUCAGGAUAUCGUGUUUGGAGAGGUCGACCGUUAACGCCGCUGGUUCCUUGGUUCCUAACGAAGAGAAGAAUUCAUUGUCUUUCACACAUCUGCUAGAAAAGCUUCUCUUCCUGUUCUCUUCUUUGUGUAGUGAGCUUUUCAACGCACGCUCAUAAUCACCGAUGUACAAUGCUCAAAUAAACCCUAAUAAAUAUUUUAUGACUCCA